AGGCAGUUAUGUUAGGAGAAGAGAGGAGAGAGUUCUCAAACGCUAUGUCAAUUCAGGAACUCAGUAGAACAAUGGAAUACCAUUUUGGGUUAGAAAAUUUGGAUGAAGAUGGAUAUACUCAGUUAGACUUCAGCUCUCGAGACAUCACCAGGAGGCCUGUGGUCUCAGAGAAAGGAACUUGUGCUGCAUCUCCUCGUUGGUGUCCCAUUGCAGUGACUUUGGGAAUCCUGUGUUUAGUAAUACUGGUGAUAGCUGUGGUCCUGGGUACUAUGGCUAUUUGGAGAUCCAAUUCAGGGAGCAACCCAUUGAAGAACGACAACUUUCCAUCGAGAAAUAAAGAGAGCUGCAGUCAAUCUACACAAUCAUCUUUAGAAGAGAGUGUGGCUCCCACCAAGACUCUCACAACCAAAGGAGUUCUUGUCAGCUCUUGUCCCCCUAACUGGAUCAUGCAUGAGAAUAGCUGUUAUCUGUUUAGUACAUCAUUAGAUUCAUGGGAUAGAAGUAAAAGGCAGUGCUCUCAACUGGGCUCUACACUCCUGAAGAUAGACAGCUCAAAAGAAUUAGAAUUUAUAGCAAGGCAAGUGUCUUCCCAACCUGAUAAUUCAUUUUGGAUAGGACUUUCUCGCCAUCAGAAGGAAGGCCCAUGGCUCUGGGAGGAUGGCUCAAUAUUCUCUUCUAACUUGUUUCAAAUCAGAAGCACAGUUAUGGAGGAAAACUCAUCUCACAAUUGUGUAUGGAUUCACGUAUCAAUCAUUUACGACCAACUCUGUAGUGUACUCUCAUACAGUAUUUGUGAGAAGAAACUGUGAAUACAAUGAUGGGAUGUUGGUGUGGAGGAGCAGAGAGAAGUAUGUAAGAUAUUAAGGAGGGCAUAAAACAAAACAGAAAAUAGAGAUAUUAAGGUCAAAAUAAGUGCUAAAAACAUCAAGAAAGCCCUGCCAACUUUGAAUCUUGGCUGAGCAACAGGCUGGAGAGGCUGUGAUUUUUGCAAUUAUCAACUUUACUGGUAGGCCAGUAUUAUGUUCUAGUUAAUAGAACCCUAGAAAUGGAGUCAGGGCAGCUGAACUUGAAUUUUGAUUUUACCACUGAUUUGGUGUUUACCUGGGAUUAGCCACAGAUCCUUGGUGUUUCAAGAAGAUCUUAAUUUUUGGCUAUACCAGAGUUGUUUUUGUCCUUAAUAAGUGCCACUGGAGUAGACAUGGUGUCUUUCCAUAAUUUAUUCCUCCAAUUCUAGCAGUAUAUCAGACACAGGGGGAGGACAAAAUAUAUUUCUAAAUAGCUAAAUGAAGAAAUGAAAAAUUAUCUUUACUGCAAUCAGAGCUAUUUUAUUAUUUUGUUUAUCAAUAUAGUCAUCAUUGUGAUCAAAAGCGUCAUGAAAAAGCAGCAACUCCAUCUUUUAAAUAGCCCAAAGAAUAUGUCUGCCACAUUUCUGACUACUAGGUUCUUGUAUAAUGUGAAAUUAUAGGAAAACUGCUCUUAUAAGAAAGCUUUCUCUUUUUAAAAUACUACCAAUCAAAAAAAGGUCUGGUAAUGAAUAGAAAAAGUGCCAAACUUAUUGAAGAGGUAUUAAAAUUUUGGAAUGCAAAACAUGUUUAUUAUUUUUUAUUAUUAGUGUUUGCAGUUUUCAGCAAUUCCUCAGUAAUUACUGUAAAAACGUAUUAUUGGAACAUAACUAUGUUUCCUCAUAUGAUGAUUCGUUUCUUUCUUAUUUUCUUUUAAACUUUCCCAUUAGUACUAUUUUUAUUUCCAGUGGGGAUUUCCAUAUUAUUGGAGAGGCAUUUACAGCCUUUCUAUGUUUAUUAAUAUGUGAACAGAAAUUGUAUCAAGUUCACUGAAUUUUU